AUGGAGCCCGAGGAGGCUCCCCAGGCCGCCCACGAUGCUCCCGACUCCGAGGCCCCAGUGCCCGCCGAGCAGCUCACUAUCAACCUGAAGAUCAUCUCUCCAAAUCUCACCCAGCCCCUCAGUCUUCCCGACCUACCUGUGACUACAACCGUUGUGCAGUUGAAGGAGAGGAUACGGCAGCAGCUCCAUAGCCGGCCGGCUGAUCCUCAGCAGCGCCUAAUUUACAGAGGUCGCAUGCUGAACCGUCCCGAAGAGAAACUUCUGGACCUGUUUGGUGAAGAGAUGAUCCGUACCUCCGACCAGCAGUCCAUACAUCUUAUCCUCCCCGAGCAACUCGAAAGCCCAUCACUCUCUUCCACAACGACGCCGGUUCGCGGUCAGAGCCCCGCGCCAGCGCAAGCGCCACGUGCUCAGGACGCCAUCAACAAUGCCCACCAGUAUUUCGACUCCGUCUUCCAACAGAGUGCUCGUCACAUGGCACGAAGAUUACCUACUGUGACAACGACCGUGACUACACCGAUCGGUGGACCUCAGCAAGCACCUGGCCAUGCUGACCAACAUGCCCACCACCCUAAUCCUCAUCCUGGUACAUAUAAUGCCCACCCGACCGCUCCUCAGAUGUACCGCAGUCAACACUCCCCCGCCUACACACAGAACCUCCAGCAAUUCGCCCAACGCCUGAGCAGGGAAGCGGCAUGGCAUAGAGCGCAUAUGCAGUACGACCGCGCCGCGAUGGGUAUGGGUGGUCUUAGGUACAACAAUCUUCCUCCUCAAGUGCCUGCUGUCAACACCCCAGAGGCCAGUGGCGCCCAGCGCCGCACCAGUCCGGUCCCGAAUACCGACGGGCAUCGAGUAAACGCAACCGAGCAGGGGCUCUCCGAUUCCGAAGUACAGAAUAUCCUCCGAGGGGCGGACACGCGCCAGGCGAUUCAAACCAUGACAGCUGCCAUGCAGAGAAGCACAUCGGGUGCAUCGAUGGGCCUGCCCCAGAGCGGGAGGGCUACGCCGAAUCAAACGUCCCGCACUCCCAGUGGCAGUACUAGCUCUGGUCUGUCUGGCGCUACGGAAGUCUACAUCCUGAACUCGCCGAAUGGGCCCCGCGGCCUGUUGAUAAACAACCAUUCCGAGACAUACUAUACACCAUCCCUACGCCCGACGGCCACAACAACUGGUUCUUCUUACGGAUUACCGCUCCCUCAGCUACGGAGGAACGUCACGUUCACCACGGACACCCACGCGCCAGCCGCAGCGUCGCAGCAGCAGCAACAUAACCAGCCAAGAGAAGGACAGGGUCGAGUUCGGCGCCGAAUGAGGGUUCAAGUUCAUCGUGCGGGACGCAUACCUGUUGGUGUCCGUCAAAACAAUGCGGGCAUGGUUGCGCUGAUUGCCAGGCUGUGGCCCCAUUUCUGGUUGGCGGUGAGGCUUGGACUGUUUGUGUGGUGGUUCACCUCGCCCACCUCCAGCUGGUCGAGGUGGAUUGCCGUCAUCGCGAUUGCUAUUUCGAUCUUUGUACUGAACACUGGCGCCCUCGAUGGAUUCGCUGAUCAACUGUGGAGGAUCAUAUGCCGUCACAUGGAGAACCUCAUCCCCAUGGCAGGUCCGGAGGCUGUCCAAGCCCUUCGCCGAGAUGGUAACCAGAAUCAAAACCAGAACCAGAACCCGAAUGAGGCCGGGCACGCCGCUCCCACGCAGCAGAGAGGUGGUGGCGGAAACGGCGAGAACCCCGACCCCGCCACCAUGGCUGCCCGGCUCGUCGAGCAACGCCGGGAAGCCAACGGCAACUGGCUCCUCAACCGCGUCCGUCGCGCCGAACGAGCUGGCUUGCUGUUCCUUGCUAGCAUCGCCCCAGGUGUUGCCGAGCGUCAUAUUGCGAACCUUGAGGCAGAGGCGGGGCGGCAGCGUAGGGAGGCUGAAACUGAGGCAGCGGCUGAGGAGGCGAGACGCGCUGCUGAGAGCGAGGCUGCUGCGGAGGCUGGUGACGAGGCUUCGGGUGCUGAAGGAUCGGGUGCCGCUGAAGGUGAAGGCAGUAGUGAAGAGGAGAAUGUCCCUCAGGUCAAUGUCGAGGGGCCUCCUCCACCUGCAGACGCACCAGCUCCACAGCCUGAACUCAUCGCAGUUUGA